AUGCUCCUCACCGGGCCCAACAUGGGCGGCAAGUCGACGCUGCUUCGGCAAGCCGCGCUCGCCGUCGUCGCCGCGCACGUCGGGUGUCGCGUUCCCGCGUCCGCGUGCGAGCUGCACGUCGUCGACGCGGUGUACUGCCGCGUGGGCGCUGGGGACGGGAUCCGGUCGGGGGUUUCCACCUUUUUCGCGGAGAUGUCUGAGACGGCAGCUGCUCUCAACGCCGCGACCGACAAAAGUUUGCUCGUCAUCGACGAGUUGGGUCGCGGGACUUCGACGGCGGACGGGUACGCCAUCGCGUACGCCGUCGCGUCCGCGGUGGCGGAGCGUGGGAGCAGGUGUUUGUUCGCCACGCACUAC